CUUCACUGGACUGAUUUCUAUUGGGUGAUGAAUUGUAACUGCCUACUGCUGCAGAAUGUAUGAUGGAAAGAGACUGUGGGGAGGUCCUUAAUAAAUAUUGGUCAUCUGCACUUGUGUGUCCGUGUUGCUUGUGGUCAAGGGGUCCUAAGAAGUUCCUGUUAGGGGAACAGAAAAUUGGGUUGUGCUCAGGGACUAAGAAUCCCCCUUAAAAUCAAACCGGCCUGUUUGGUCGCGACACAAAUUUGGCGUAGUCGGCAAAGGAUUCCUUUUUCCACAGCAGCAUGGACGAACAGGACCAGUUGCAACCAACUCAACCAAGGGUCCCACCACCUGAUGCUACCACAGGGUCUCUUCCAGGGUUUUUCCCCUGGUUUGCAGGGGGGCCCUGGAUACCAAAAUUUGGGGUGGACAAAUGUGAGCAGUUCGGGGAAUGGAAAAGAAACAUUGAGGUAUGUUUAAGGGCUUUAGCACUGAACAGCAAGCAGCAGGUUGAUUUAGUCAUGGGGGCUCUAGAAGGGGAACCAAAGAGGGAAGUAGAACUUUUGGAAGAGGACAAAAAAGACACAGUGGAUAAAAUCUUAAAGUUCUUAGAGCAGCUGUAUGGGCGAGAGGCUGGGCUAGCUGAGUUAAGGGGGGCUUUCUUCACCUGUAGACAGCACUCCGGGGAGGGGGUGGGCUCGUUCAUCUUGCGUCUCCGUGAGUGUCGUUGCAGGUGGAGAAAGAAGGAACCAACCGAGGGUGAUGACAACGAUACCCUAAGAAGUCAACUGGUGGCGGGCAUGCUGAUGGGUCCAGCCAAGAGGGAGCUCCAGCGUAUGAUCCGACGGAACCCAGGUCUCACAUUCGCGGAAGCGUGCAUGGAGGCCCGGGAGGUGGAGAGAGAGGGUGCCUCUGAAGUAACUACAGAAGGAGUAGAGUCCCGCCGAGCGUAUGUUCCACCUUCACGUGACCCCGGAGCACCACCAGGUGACCCCCCAGCCCAACCGGAUGCUUGGCGGACUGCUCUGAAAGAGGAAUUGGUUCAGGAGUUGCGCAAUCAAGUAAAAGAACUUCGUGAAUCCUUGCUGGGUGAGCUACGCACAGGGAUGACUCUUCGAGGGGGUGGGGGGCCUCCAAGCUCCGAUGGCCCCCUAAGGGGACGAUCGCGCCAAGGCCAAGGUACUGGCGCAGUUGCACGGUGGGACGACCAAGGAAGACCAAUCUGUCUACAUUGUGGGCGAGUCGGACACAUGCGGAGAGAGUGUCCUGAUCGUCGGGCGCUACCCCGAGAUCCACCAGCGGAAAGUCGGGCUGUCAGGCCCUUGGUGGAGGGGGAGGGUGUGGAGCCAGCUCUGCGGGAAGCUCUGGUUGGAGAUAGUCCCUUGGUCCAGGUGUUGGCUGCAGGCCGCCCAGUGUCUUGCAUCAUCGACACAGGCUCCCAGGUCACCUUAUUCAGCAAGGCCCUAUUUGAGAAACAGGUGCAGGGAGUAGAAAUGAGAGGUGCCCAUGAGGUCCCAUGGCUUACCCUCAAAGCAGUGAAUGGACUGAAACUUCCAUAUGUGGGCUACGUAGUGUUGGACUUUACUGUUGCUGGGGUGGUCAUUCCCCAGCGGGGGGUUGUGAUUGUAGAAGACCAGCACUUGCCGGCUUCACAUGGGAUUUUGGGAAUGAAUGUCAUUCGACACUGCUGGGAAGUCCUUGAACAGCAAGGGGGGGCUAAUCAUUCCUUGUUUGUCUCUGCCCUCCCCAGAUCCGCUCGAGCUGCUUGGAGCCAAGCAUUUGCAGCGUGCCGGCGCCUGCAGGUGACCGUGAACCGCCACGAGGAACCCUACCUUGCCCGGCUCCGCUCAUCAGGACCUCCAAGGCUGCAGCCUCAGUCUGAGUGUGUCGUCUGGGCCGACGUUCCAAGGGGCCAAUUGAGGGACGGUGACCAAGUCCUGGUCGAGGAUUUUCGAGCAGGCCACCAGGAGUGGUGCGUGGGCCGAGCCCUGGCCAGGGUGCGGGAUGGACGGGUACCUCUCCGGGUGUGUAACCUCCACGCCUACCCGGUAGAGCUUCCCGUGCGCCGCCCGCUGGCCAGUGUCGAAAGGGUUGGACCUGACGCUGUACAGUUACCCAAUGAGUUGGUGCUCCGUCCCCAGGGAGAAGGUACUGUCGAGGUCAUGGUCCGCCCUGUUGGGCAUGCUCUGCCCCAGCACCUCCAGACAUUGGGUCAGCAGGGAGAGGGCCUGAGUCCAGAGGAGAAGAGGCAGCUACAUCAGUUGUUGGAGCAGUGGCAGAGGGUGUUUGCGCGGGAUGAGGACGAUCAUGGAAGGACCGACGCCGUGUACCACCAUAUACCAACGGGCACCGCUGCACCCAUCCGAGAGCGAUACCGCCCAGUACCCCCUAGUAUGUAUCCGGAGAUCAAGGAGCUCUUACGGGGGAUGCUAGAGGGAGGUGUCAUCCGCGAGAGCUCCAGUCCAUGGGCCGCCCCAGUCGUCCUUGUUCGAAAGAAGGAUGGGGCUUGGCGGUUCUGCGUGGACUAUAGGCGGCUAAAUGAUGUCACCCACAAGGACGCUUACCCUCUGCCCCGCAUAGAAGAGUCCCUUACGAGUCUGAAGGGAGCUGCCUGGUAUUCCACCCUCGAUUUGGCAAGUGGCUAUUGGCAGGUGGAGGUACACCCCGACGACCAAGAGAAGACUGCCUUUGCUACCCCCAUGGGCCUCUACCAGUUCGAGCGUAUGCCGUUUGGACUCUGCAAUGCACCUGCCACGUUCCAGAGAUUAAUGCAGCGCUGCCUAGGGGACAAGGUGCAUGAUUUCCUGCUGAUAUAUUUAGAUGAUGUGAUUCUGUUCUCUUCUGACUUCUCUUCCCAUCUAGCCCACCUGGAGCAGGUGUUCGCUCGGCUGGAGGCCCAUGGGUUGAAACUACAACCAGCAAAGUGCAGUCUCUUCCAGCGCUCCGUCAAGUACCUGGGUCAUGUAGUCGGCGCAGAUGGCGUUUCCACAGACCCUGAGAAGACUGCAGCGGUACAGGACUGGCCGGUACCCACAACUGUGAAGGAGGUAAGAUCCUUCUUGGGAUUUGUGGGUUACUACCGCCGGUUUAUACCAGGGUUCUCCAAGCUGGCGGCGCCUCUGCACACCCUGUUGAGGGGAGUACCUGCGGCAUCACGUGGGCGGGUCCAGUGGUCCGAUACGUGUCAGGAGGCCUUUGAUGGACUGAAACGUGCCUUGGUGGAGGCGCCAGUGCUAGCCUACGCCGACUACACCCUGCCGUUCCGCCUCUAUACAGAUGCAAGCCUCCAGGGCCUAGGAGCAGUCCUCGCGCAGGUGCAGGGAGGUAAGGAGAGAGUGAUUGCUUAUGCCAGUCGGGGUUUGCAUGACACAGAGAAAAACGACAACAAUUACAGUGCUUUUAAGUUGGAACUGUUAGCCUUGAAAUGGGCUAUAACGGAAAAACUUAAGGACUAUUUAUGGGGCAUGAAGUUUAUUGUGUUCACAGACCAUCGACCUCUCCUGCACCUGAAGACUGCCAGUUUGGGGGCUGUGGAACAGCGAUGGGCAGGCCAGUUGGCCUGCUAUGACUUCACACUGCACCACAAGCCAGGGCGAGAACACCUGAAUGCCGACGCCCUCUCACGGCAGCCCGGCUUGGCUGUGGUGGGACAAGUUGGUACCGGGGACGAUGUGGAUUGGGCGGAGCGGCAGGGGCAGGACCCAGCACUGGCCCAGGUGAGACGGGCGUGGUUGUCAGGGGUGGCGCCUACCACAGAGGUGCGAGAGGCAUGGCCAUGGGCUAGCCAAGUGCUGCUCCGGAACUGGGACAGGCUGAAGGUGCAACAGGGGGUGCUCCUGUAUCAGGUGAACGGAAAAGAGGGGUGGGCUGUGGUGGUCCCGGAAGCUGAGCGCCACGCCAUCUGGAGGGAGUACCACGAAGCUCUGGGGCAUGCUAGAGGGAGGCGGCUGGUGAGUGCACUCCAGAUCCGGUUCUUCUGGCCAGGGUUGAAGAGGGAUGUGGAAACCUGGGAAAAGCAGUGUCCAAGGUGCUUGAUCGGGUCAGCAGGACGCAUACCGACUCGGGAUCAGACGGCAGAGACGGCUGCUCGCCUGUUGUGGAGAGAGGUGUUCCAGCGUUAUGGGUGCCCUGAGCGAUUACUGUCUGACCAGGGCCCAGCAUUCGAAGCCACCCUUCUCCGGGAGCUAUGUAGAGCCUAUGGGUGCAAGAAAAUCCGCACUACCCCAUAUCGCCCCCAGGGUAAUGGGGCCUGUGAACGUUGGAACCAGACGCUGCUGGGACUAUUGAACACCUUGACACCCGCCGAACAGCAGCGAUGGACAGAGCACCUACCGGAUCUGUUGCAAGCCUACAACAGCACUCCGCACAGCAGCACUGGCUUGGCCCCCUUCUUCGUGCUAUUUGGUCGGCACCCCCGGCUCCCUGUGGACCAAUCAUGGGGAGUGGGCGAUAAUGCGGAUGGCGGCAAUGGUGGUGGGUGGCUUUGGAGUCAUCGGCGCAGGCUGAAGAAUGCGAUUGAGGAGGUGCAACGAAAAGCGGGACAAAGGCAGGAACAAGACCAACGAAGGCAUCAACAUAAGGUAAGGGGGCUGCCCUUGGUGCCGGGGGAGAGGGUCCUGGUACGGAGCUUCAGGCGGCGGGCCCACGGCAAGUUGGGACCAUACUGGAACCCAGGACCCCAGGUGGUGGUAGGACAACCAGAUCCUCAGGGGCCCGUGUACCGGGUGCGCCCUGAAGGCCAAGACGGGCCACUCCGCACCCUUCAUCGCCGUCAUCUGCGUGUCUGCCCCCCUGGGUGCGAGCUGCGACCUCCGGAGACUGCAGGUGAGCGAGUGGGGGGGGCAGGUCCAGAUGUGUGCCCUAGGUGGGGGGGGCAGGUGCUGGGUUGGCCUGGGUUGUUGCCUUCACGGGACCCGCAGGGAGUAGAGGCUUAUGAGGCUGAGGAGGCUGCACCUGGUGAAACCGAGGUUCUACCAGGGCCAGCUGAGGCUGAGGCCCCCAUGCAGGACUUAGAGGGUAUGGAGGGGGGUGAGCCAGAGGAAGUAGACGGAGCCCUGCGGAGGUCUCUGAGGACCAACCUCGGGCAAAAGCCAGUUCGGUACCGUCCAUAGAUGGUCGGGACGACCCAUGUUUUAGCGGGGGGGUGUGUCACGUCCCUACGGGGUAAACAACACGUGUGUAUGUUUAUAUCUGUUUCACCUGUGUUUUGAUUGUGUCUUGUGCUCGUAACAUUGGCUGAUGAGCUAACUGGCGGCCAGACGCCAGUAAUCAGGACCGGGCCAGCAGCUGAUCGGCGAGGGACGUUUGCAUUGGCUGACUGUGGUAUAAAAUCCCAGGUAUGACUCUGUUGUGGAGGACGGGCAGUGCUACGAGAGGCGCCGGUGCAGAGGACAAGUCGGACGGAGUUUCGUUUGUGGACUGUAGCGUGUAGCCGUAUUGCUCGUGGUGGCUGUGUAUGUUUGUGUUCUCUCCCCUUUCAUUUUCUCUCUCUUCUGCCGGUGCCGAUCGGGCUGGACGGGGCUGGAGCUGGGAGUGUAGCUGACAUGCCAAGACGAUCCGCAGUGGAGGGACGCGGCGGCUCGUGGAAGACAGGCGGCGGAGGAGAUCGGGGUUGGCUGUUGAUGUGGCGCAGUAAAUCCGAGUCAAGGAACGUAACUAUGCCUGCAAGUGACUGUGUGAGUGGGUCUGGUAGCGUCGCUGGCCUUGGAUGCUGAGCCUGUGUGUUUUCCUCUCCCGCUAGACUGCAGCGAGUGGGCGGAGCUUCCGGGUGCGCGUGAGGGUGCGUUCCAGCCUAUCGGUGAGCAGAAGAGGACGUGGGAACGUUCAAACGGAACUUUCUUGUGAGCUCUUCACGCUGCGCCCUGGGAGGACUACUGGCCGCCAGUUAAGUGCACGGAUGUGCUGUGGACAUUGAAGCUGGUUAUGACCUGUGCUGCGUAAAUACGAUAGUGGUUUAUUGUCAAUUUAUUUUUGGUUUGUGGUUGUUUUGUUGGUUUGAUUUUGGGGGAUUCAGUGAGUUGGCUGUGGCAGAGCCAAUGGGUCCCCCUAUGUGUAAGAUUUAAUUUUCUGUUUGUGUGUCUAUUUAUAUGGUGUGGGACUUGACCUCCCGGCAGGAGGGGAUCUGAGGGCUGCAGCAGUGGACCCUAUGACUUUGCUGUGCUAAAUUAGCUAGCCUUGUGGUAAUUCUACAUUUGGAGUGGGUUUUAAAUAGUAGCUUAGCCAAGCCUUGGGGUGUUGUGUAUGAACUGUUAUAUUGUGUGCUUCACUGGACUGAUUUCUAUUGGGUGAUGAAUUGUAACUGCCUACUGCUGCAGAAUGUAUGAUGGAAAGAGACUGUGGGGAGGUCCUUAAUAAAUAUUGGUCAUCUGCACUUGUGUGUCCGUGUUGCUUGUGGUCAAGG